AACUUUAAUCGAUUAUCUAGAUCGAUAGACUGACUCGAUCAUCUCUUUAAUGGCCGUGGAGCAUCUUCGUGCCACCACGCGUGUACACAGUUGACAUGCGUUGUUUCUGUCGUCGGGGACGCUAAAGGUGCAGCGUCCCCUUUAAGAAGUCUGUCAGCUGCUCAGCGCGUGAUCGCGGCGCGUAAACUGAACUGUGUUGUCGGCGGCUAGCUGUUAGCUGUUAGCAGUUAGCUUACAUUAGCGCUGCUCUCGUUCUUUAGCGUUAACGAAGUGGGACGCCGUUAAAUUUCGGUUGUGACGAUCGGAGGAAACAACAAGAGGCUGUCUCUCCGGGUCUGUCUGCAGGAAACAUGACGUCGGAUCCGACACUCGAGAGACAUUUCAAGGGUCACAGGGACAAUGUGACAAGUGUGGACUUCAGCUGCAACAUGAAACAGAUUGCCACAGGCUCCAUGGACUCCUGUGUGAUGAUCUGGAACAUGAAGCCUCAGAUGCGAGCGUAUCGCUUUGAUGGACACAAAGAUGCUGUGACUUCUGUUCAGUUUUCUCCCUCUGGCCACCUUGUAGCGUCCGCCUCCAGAGACAAGACCGUACGUCUUUGGGUGCCCAGCAGGAAAGCUGAGUCGACAGCUUUCAGGGCUCACACAGCUACUGUGCGCAGCGUUAACUUCUCUGGUGAUGGACAGACUUUGGUGACAGCCUCUGACGACAAGACUAUUAAAGUGUGGACGGUCCACAGGCAAAAGUUCCUGUUUUCUCUCAACCAGCACAUCAACUGGGUCCGCUGUGCCAAGUUUUCUCCAGAUGAUCGUUUGAUUGUGUCAUCCAGCGAUGACAAGACUAUUAAGUUGUGGGACAAGAACAGCAGAGAGUGUAUUCAUUCUUUCUAUGAACAUGCCGGUUAUGCAAACCAUGUGGACUUCCAUCCCGGUGGAACUUGCGUUGCUGCUGCCAGUACUGACAACUCUGUUAAGGUUUGGGACAUCAGAUCCCAUAAGAUGCUACAACACUACCAAGUGCACAGUGGUGUGGUGAACAGCUUGUCUUUCCACUCAAGUGGUAAUUUCCUCAUCACUGCAUCCAACGAUUCCACCAUGAAGAUACUGGACCUUGUAGAGGGCAAGCUGCUGUACACACUGCACGGACACCAGGGUCCCGUCACCUGUGUGGCCUUCUCCGGGACCGGAGAGUACUUUGCCUCUGGAGGCUCUGAUGAACAGGUAAUGGUGUGGAAAAGCAACUUUGACAGCAGCGACUGUGGUGACACCGUCAGGCUACAACAUAAAACUACCUCCAGAAUUCAGGCACCGCCGGCCAGCUCCACAGGUCAGCCAGACUUUAGCAUGCAGCCACGUGUGCUCCACGGCCAGACCUCUGACCCAUCAGAAGAUUUUAACAGACAGGAUUUCCAAACCGCCGUCCAACCCCAGAGCAGCAGUCGCAGCGGCAUCCAGAACAGAGCGACUCAAUCCCACACCUACAGAGAUCCCACUUCUUCCUCCACGCAUCAGACACAGACCCAGGGUUUAAAGCAUUCAUCACAUGUUCAAGCACAGUCCCAGGCCUCAGAAGGAGGGGUCCCCCCUGGUCUGGCCAGCACUCUGGAACACAUCAUAGGUCAACUGGAUAUUCUCACACAGACGGUUUCAAUCUUGGAGCAGCGGCUGACGCUGACUGAGGACAAGCUCAAGGAGUGUUUGGAGAAUCAGAUGGAGAUCGGUCUGCAUCUCCAGAGACAACGGGAGGAGGAGGAGGAGGAGGAGGUCUAAAGAUGGCGGCAUCACAGUAAAAGAAACAGGGUCGCAUCAACACCAGAAACUAACAUCACUGUUGUUAGAUCACAGUAAAAUGUGAGAUCAAAGUCCACAGAAGAAGUGCAGAGACUUGACGUGAAUAGUUUUCCUGACUGGACCUUAAACGCACCUUGAGCCUGACUGCUGAUUUACCCUGUCUGGUUAUUUUGCUAAGAGAUAUCAGGAGUGAAGGAGGUGAAUAUUAGAGAAGUUGUUCCUCUACUACAGUGCUGAGAGCGCAGUCCCUUUUCUGCUGACGAAGGACCUGCUGCAACCAGCCACCGUGUGUGUGUGUGUGUGUGUGUGUGUGUGUGUGUGUGUGUGUGUGUGUGUGUGUGUGUGUGAGUGUGUGAGAGAUGGCUGCCUGUACAAAAGUGUAGACACACACAAGAGACUUUGUUACUUGCCUAUGCACCGCACAUGCUCGUUUUUCUCUCUCUCUCUGUGUGUGUGUGCGUGUGUGUGUGCGUGUGCGUGUGCAGGCUGGCUCAGGACAUCAGCUAAAUGAUUUCGUUGCACUCAGGCCACUACAUUGAUUUUUGAAUCGUGACAGAAACUCAAAGCUUUUUUUUAAUCCGCCCGAUAUUGACCUUAGUCACUUUGUUGCCUACAGAUACUUUUUUAGAUUUUUGUUGAUUCUCCUCAAAAGUAAAAGUUGUGACAGUUUCAGAUGAAGUGAAGCAUCACUGCAGAGGCAACACGGUGCCUUUACUUUGUCGUACACGAGGAAACUUCUCUGUUCAAUGAACUUUCAGGUCGUUUGUUGAAGGAUUGAGCUGCUGAUGUUCUAUAUUUUUCUUAUUGUCAACAAAUCUCAAAGACCAACACCAACAUUUUAUUUGUCAAGUCCUGAUGUAUCAGUCAGCGAAACCUUUGCUCUCCACAAAAACAAUUAAAAGCACUCUUCACCAUUUAUGACACGUUCCUACAUUACAGUAGUUCAUUUUCAGUCAUUAAUAUUCACCAGUAAAUACCAGGGAUGAACAGAUUCCAUUUGUGUCGCUGGUGACACUGAGCGUAUUACACACCAUGGUUGUGACAUAAUUAAUCCACAUUAAAUACAAUAUUUUUAUCCAUGUCAUUUUAAAUAUUGUGAUUCAGUUUUGUCUUCACCUCAAGCCAUUAUAUAAGUUUUAGUGCAACAGUCAUCCCUGGCCUCAUGAUGCAUUACAUGGAAAUAAAGAUUUUACAGGAACAAUUUUAAAUUGGGGAAAAGGGGCCACUUUUUAGGAUUUAAGGCUCAUUUCUGAUUUCAUGGACCAUCAGUAAAGACAAAUUGGAAUCAGUGCAUCCCAAAUUGAUAUUUUAUAAUAUACUUUACUUUGAUUAAUGUUUGUUUAGUGUUGUUGUAUGUAAAAUAAUAUAUAGAAGACCCUAUAUAUGUAUUUGUGUCAGUAGGAGCGACAGAAGGGCGCAGACAAAGUCAUUGUUGGUUUUGCUCUCUUAUGAUUUGUUGACAGGGAAAAUAUUAAGUUAAAUACCAGUCUUAUACUUGAAAUUCAAAUAAUGGUACUUUUUGUAUUGGCUCCAAGUUUUUUUAAACUGUAAACUCCUGAUUGUAGUAAGAGCUGUCUGAAAGUUAAGAGUCUUCUUAUGUCCCUUUCAUAUCCUGUGUCUUCAACUUUUAUACUCCGACAGUAAGUUAUUGUGUCCUUUCUUAAUAAAUGUUUUCACCCUUA